CCCCAGGCGUACUUCUGCGCUUCACUUCUGACGUGAAAUGUUAAAUAUGUGACGUCAGGACGCAGCGCAAACCUACGUCACGACAAAGUGGUAUGUGUUAGCAACUAACUUAAGAGAGCUUGUACAAUAGUUGAGUAUAUUGAGUAUAUGAGUAUUUCUUUUGAACCUAUUAGUUCAUGGAGACUUACGUCAGUUCGGAGCAUCAAUGAAAGGACGCGGGGUGCCUAACUUCAAUGAGAUGACCAAUUCAAAUCACGCUCUUCCACUAUUUGACUUUGUGACCGCUUUUAAAGCAAAUAGACGGCCAACGGGUAUGUUGUAACGUUUAGUGUUGUCCUAAACGCGGAGGAGGGGAGUGCGUAGUCUCCGGCCGCAAACCCACUUGCUUGUGUCAUUAUCAUGCCGCGUAAAAAUGGGAAAUAUACCACUUUGAUCAUACGAGCUCUAAACGUUAUAGCUCGUGACUAUGAUGUGUUUCUGUGUAGAUAAUUUGAACGUUAUCAAUUCUGACAACAACCCUAAUCUUCUUGGACUACUAAUUAAAUUAUGUUACCCAACAAUUUGAUCCAAACUAAUUGCCACGCAGAACAUCUUGUAUCAGCUAUAAAAACAGCUGGACAGUUUCUAUAGUCUUGGAGUGCAUCUCUGAAGGUUGCGGUGAACAAGUUCAUGAGUAGUGUUCCAGUCAAUUUUCCCAGUAGGUCAGAAAUAUAUGGCUCCCUAGAGUUCUGCAAUGUAGAAAUAGGUACAGUAAAACACGUGACCAUCUUAUUCAAAUAAGUAUGUGUUCAAAUGUUUGAAGCUACUAUUGGAAGCAACACGGUCUCAACAACAAAUAGUGCGGCAAAUGAUGAAUCCUUGAUGUUUCUGUCAAGACUAUGUUGUUACAUUUGAGACCCCACUCACACUCAAAGGUCUUAGGACCUAAAGCCUGACCCUCUCCAAGAGAGGCCUGUGCAUGUUUCCCCUCUUCAUUCUCCUCCUCGCCAAGGCGUGGAGCUACGAGGCCCCCAAGGAAAAGCAGGAUGUGUUUGCAAAAAAAGCCUGCCCGGCUUUCCUGCUCUUCUUCAACACCGCCUACCAGGCAGGGGCCACAGUGGAGCUGCCGUGCCACUGUAAGCCCGAAGAGAUCCAGUCAGUCGUUUGGUUCUUCAGGAAGCACCAGUCCAAAUCAGAAGAGACCAGAGCCCUGACCGAUUACCAUGGGAACAAGUUGCUGGACUCCAGUCGAAUUCCCCACAGUGCCGACCUGCGGAGUCGCUUCUCAAUUCGUCUCUUCAGCCUUUUGAUCUUUCGAACAGCUGUGGACGACUCUGGUGUUUAUAUCUGCGGAUCGGCUCAGGGCGACUACUUCUACGCCUAUGAUCUGGACAUCCAGGAGGUGCAGAAGCUCAGCUUCACAUCAAGACUCACUCCUGAAAGUAAGAGCAACUCGAUGGAAAACGUAAAGGGACAAAGAUCUGGUCAGCUGCUCUACCAAGUCUUCACCACUUUCCGUCCAUGGUCACGGUGCGAUCGCUGUGGCAUGCAGGGCGAGCAGGUCAGAGUGGGGCUCUGCUACGUCCGCUCCCGGUUCCUGCACGUGCGCUACAGGCGGGUCAACCACACCGUGUCGUCCUGCGGCUCAGGGGCGGUGCCUCAGGCAUUCAGCCACCUGAAGCAAAGCAGAGCUGGAGCCAGGCUGGAGGUGAGAAGCUGCCAUGUGACUUGUCCAACAGAAGCGCCACCCCCUUCCAAACUGGAUAAAAUUAUGGCAUUUGUGGGGCACAGUUCUGAUUCCAUGAAGACACAGGAGAUACAGGUUUCCUACCUGAACCACCCAGCGGACCAAAUCCUUAUCCUCGGCUGCCCAGGGGCACAGCCAUACAUGGCAGUGGCGUGGGACAGAGGAUCUGUGCCCAUUUAUCGAUCACACAGUUUGGUAGGACAGGAUGCAAGCAUCACGUCUCCAAGGCUUCAAAUUGAUGCUGGACAUCAUCUGGUCUUCACUCCUGCUCAGCUUCAGGACUCUGGUGUCUACUACUGCUGGCUGAAGGGGCGCCGUGUGGCUGAGAUACACCUGCUGGUCUACCCCCAUUUCAGGCCGGGCAUGUUCUUCACAUCUCAUCCAGACUUGCCCUUAGCCUUGGCGAUAGUUUUAAAAUCAUAUGCUGCCAUGACAGGAGUGUUCUGCCUGUUGCUCCUCCUUCGAGUCUGCAUUAGACAGCUGCGGAGGGACACACAUGUCGACCGAACUUAAUCAAGGUGAAACUUUUUAGUUUGAAUUUUAUUUGUAUUGAAUAAAAUCAUCAAGUUUUGAAAGACAUUA